AAGAGUGUACUAAACCAAUAUAUAAAAGGAUUUUCCUGCUAUCUCCUUAUUUUCUAGAAACCCUAAUUCUUAGACACAGCAGCCAUGCCGCCAAAGCUUGACCCGUCGCAGGUGGUAGAGGUCUACGUCCGAGUCACCGGUGGCGAGGUUGGCGCAGCGAGUUCACUCGCUCCCAAAAUCGGUCCCCUCGGUCUCUCCCCAAAGAAGAUCGGAGAAGACAUUGCAAAGGAGACGGCUAAGGACUGGAAGGGCUUAAGAGUGACGGUGAAGCUGACUGUCCAGAAUCGUCAGGCGAAGGUUGCGGUUGUUCCAUCGGCGGCUGCGCUUGUCAUCAAGGCUUUGAAGGAGCCGGAGCGCGACCGGAAGAAGACGAAAAACAUCAAACAUAAUGGGAAUAUUUCUCUUGAUGAUGUUAUUGAGAUUGCGAAGAUUAUGAAGCCGAGAUCGAUGGCGAAGGAGCUUGCUGGGACGGUUAAGGAGAUUCUUGGGACAUGUGUGUCUGUUGGAUGCACUGUUGAUGGGAAGGACCCGAAGGAUCUGCAACAGGAGAUUAACGAUGGAGAUGUUGAAAUUCCUCAGGAUUAAGGAGGUGGUUUAUCUUUUUUUGUUUGUUAGACUGUUUUUUAUUGCGUUGAAGUUAAAAUUUUGAAUUGUUGAAGAUUUUGUUUAAUGGAUUUAGUGCUUGAGUAAUUGAGAUAAUUUUGAGAUGUUUUA